CCCCGUUCCGCCCCCUUCGCGGCACCCAGAGAUCAUAGGCCGCCGGCGUCCGGCUGCCAGUAGUCGAGGAGCGGAAGCCGCUUUCCUGAAGCGGGCUUGGGUGCUCCAGAGCCCGGCCGGCUGCUGAACCGCAGCUUCCGGCAGCCGCUGCAACGGCUAGGCGCGGGGCGCGGGCGCCCCGAGGACCCCGUAACCGGGCGGGCGUCCUGAACGGGCAACCCCGCCGAGGGAGGUGGCCGUGGCGGUCGCGCUCGGGCGCCCCGUGCGCCGCACUCCAUGCCCGUGUGGUGCUGCCGCUGCUCCCUGGCCGGUCAUUUCAGAAAUUGAUGAGCAGAUCCUAAAAGUCACAUGGAAUUACAAGGAACCCAGAAUAGCCAAGACAAUCUUGAAAAAAGAACAAAGUUGGAGGAUUCACACUUCCUAAUUUUACAACUUACUACAAAGAAACUGUAAUCAAGACAGUGUUACGUUGGCAUAAAGAUAAACAUAGAUCAAUGGAAUAGAAUUGAGAGUCCAGAAAUAAUUCCCUUCAUUUGUUGUCAGUUGAUUUCUGUGGGAUCCCAAGACAAAAGGGAAAUAUCAGUCUUUUCAACAAAUGAUGCCAGGACAGAUGAAUAUUCACAAGCAGAAGAAUGAAGUUGGACUGCUACCUCAUACUAUAUAUAAAAGUUAACUCAAAAUGGAUGAAAGACCUAAAUUUAAGAACUAGAACUAUAAAACUCAUAGAAGAAAACAGAAACUAUAGUGACCCUGAAACUGAAGGAGAGAUUUUUAAUUCCUUAGUGCAAUAUUUUGGUGAUAAUUUGGGGCGAAAAGUUAAAGCUAUGCCAUUAGUUGAAGAAACUUCUUUACUUGAAGAUUCAUCAGUGACUUUGCCUGUGGUAGUAAUAGGAAAUGGACCCUCAGGAAUCUGCCUUUCUUAUAUGCUGUCAGGCUACAGACCAUAUUUAUCAUCAGAAGCAAUACAUCCAAACACAAUCUUACAUAGCAAAUUAGAAGAAGCAAGACAUCUUUCCAUUGUUGAUCAGGACUUAGAGUACUUGUCUGAGGGCCUUGAGGGUCGAUCAUCCAAUCCUGUUGCAGUACUUUUCGACGCACUUCUUCAUCCAGAUGCUGACUUUGGGUAUGAUUAUCCAUCCAUUUUGCAUUGGAAAUUGGAACAGCAUCAUUAUAUCCCUCACUUAGUUCUUGGUAAAGGUCCACCUGGUGGAGCUUGGCAUAAUAUGGAAGGCUCGAUGUUGACAAUCAGCUUUGGAAAUUGGAUGGAGCUACCUGGACUUAAAUUUAAAGAUUGGGUAUCUAGCAAACGAAGGAACCUAAAAGGGGAUCGAGUUAUGCCAGAGGAAAUAGCUCGCUACUAUAAACAUUAUGUAAAAGUCAUGGGUCUUCAGAAGAAUUUCAGAGAGAAUACUUACAUUACCUCUGUAUCAAGACUCUACAGAGAUCAAGUUGAUAAUGAUGGUCAAGACAGAGAUAUUUCAACACAGCAUUUACAGAUAGAGAAGUCAAAAUUUACCAAGAGAAACUGGGAAAUCAGGGGUUAUCAGCGAAUAAGAGAUGGUUCCCAUAUUCCCUUCUGUCUCUUUGCUGAAAAUGUAGCUCUGGCAACCGGAACAUUGGAUUCUCCUGGCCGUUUGGAAAUUGAUGGGGAAGAUUUUCCUUUUGUGUUUCAUUCAAUGCCUGAAUUUGGAGCCGCUAUAAGCAAAGGACAGUUGUGUGGCAAAGUGGAUCCAGUGUUAAUUGUAGGUUCUGGGCUUACCGCAGCUGAUGCAGUACUGUGUGCUUACAACAAUAAUGUCCCUGUGAUUCAUGUAUUUCGCAGACGAGUAACUGAUCCAACCUUAAUUUUCAAACAGCUUCCCAAAAAGCUUUAUCCAGAAUACCAUAAAGUCUAUCAUAUGAUGUGUACUCAGUCAUAUUCUUUAGACUCAAAUCUUUUAUCUGAUUAUACCAGUUUUCCUGAGCACCAUGUGCUUUCCUUUAAGUCGGACAUGAAAUGCAUUCUUCAAAAUAUCUCUGGAUUAAAAAAAAUAUUUAAGCUCUCUGCAGCAGUAGUAUUGAUAGGUUCUCAUCCCAAUCUGUCCUUUCUGAAGGAGCAAGGGUGUUACCUGGGCCACAACUCAAGCCAGCCAAUCACAUGUAAGGGUAAUCCUGUGGAAAUAGAUGCAUAUACAUAUGAGUGUGUUAAAGAAGCCAACCUUUUUGCAUUGGGUCCUUUGGUUGGAGACAAUUUUGUUCGAUUUUUAAAGGGAGGGGCACUGGGUGUUACACGCUGUUUAGCUACAAGACAGAAGAAAAAAAAGCAGCAUUUAUUUGUUGAAAGAGGAGGAGGAGAUGGGAUAGCUUAGAGCAGGUUUACAAGUAAUUUAUAUGAACACUUUACCAUUAAAGAUUUUUAAUAGUGGUUUUACAGUGUACUGGCUUGAAUUUUCUGAACUUGAAUUAACUGAGAGAGUCUCAAGCUAUAGUAACUAUUUUUUAAAGUUACCAGAAUUUGGUGUCCUAAUUACAUUAUAAUGUAUCAAAGGUGUCAAUUGUCAGACAAAUAGAAACACUGCCAAUUUGGUAUACUUUAAGUUCUCACUUAACUAAAACAUUCUUUUCUUCCAAGA